AUCAUUCAUCUCAUCUCUGCCAUAUUCCUUGUACAUGGAACUCUCAAUCAUGGAAGAUCGUCAGUCUCUGCCGCUGUUGUAAUCUCAAUUUCAUUUCCGAAAGUGAUCGCGGCCAUGCCAGGCCGCCAAAUCCCCCCAUCCCAAUCCCCAUCCCCAUCGCCUGCGCCCACUCCCUCCCCGACGACCGAAUCCCUCUUCGUUGCCGCCUUCGCCAUCUUCUCAAUCCUGGUUAUCCUCUACCGCAAGAUUAUCGGCCGCAAGCGCACCAGCUCCACUGCCACAGCCCCCUCCGACUCCCGCCCCCCGCCUCACCGCUUCUCCUACUCCGCCCUCCGCCGCGCCACGCACUCAUUCUCGCAGCGCCUCGGCCAGGGCGGCUUCGGCCCUGUUUUCUCCGGCUCCCUCGACCGCACCCCGCCCGUGCCCAUCGCCGUCAAGGUCAUGGACUCCGGCUCCCUCCAGGGCGAGCGCGAGUUCCACAACGAGCUCUUCUUCGCCUCCAAGCUCCACUCCCCAAACCUCGUCCCCGUUCUCGGCUUCUCUUCCGACCGCAAACGGCGCCGUAUGCUCCUCGUCUACGAACUCAUGCACAACGGAAAUCUCCAGGACGCGCUGCUCCGCGGCAAACGUCCCCCCGAGCUCUUGGACUGGAAGAGGCGCUUCGCCGUCGCUCUCGAUAUCGCCAGAGGGCUCGAGUAUCUGCAUGGCCUGGACCCCCCGGUGAUUCACAGCGAUAUUAAGCCUAGUAAUAUUCUCUUGGAUCAGCACUUCUCGGCCAAGAUUGGGGAUUUCGGGCUUGCUAGGCUGAAAUCAGAGAAUCAUAUUACGUUAGCGGUUGAAGAUGGCGGUGGGUUGGCGGCGAAGGAGGGCAGUGGUGGAGGUGGAGGUGGAGGUGGAGUCGUAGAGGAUUGUGGAUCAGUGGUCGAGGAGACGGAGAGCGUGAUUACUACUUUUGAGGAUUUCAAUGGGGUUGUGAGUCGUUCACCGUCGUCGGAGAGUGUCCAUCCCGUGACGGUGGCAUCGCCGAGCGUUUCGGAGGGGAAUUUCGACAGGGGAAGCGUUGAGAAUGGGAAAGAGCUGUUUGGUGUUGGUGGUGGAGGAAGGAGCGGGAAAGAGAACUACGUGAUGGAGUGGAUUGGGACAGAGAUAAACAAGGAGAGGCCGAAGAGCGACUGGGUUAGCGCUUCUUCGGAUAGUGGAGCAACUGGGAAGUCGGAGAAGAAGUCGAAUAAGAAGAACAAGAACCGGAAGCGAUUGGAGUGGUGGAUGUCAAUGGAGGAUGAACAGAGCGCCAAGAAUUCGAAGGAGAGGCGGAGGCCGGCGAGAGAGUGGUGGAAGGAAGAGUAUUGUGAAGAUCUCGCUAGGAAGAAGAAGAGCAAAAAUAAAAUGAAGCAAAUGGGGUUUAUUAGCGAUGACAAUGGCGAUGAGUGGUGGCCGAGGGACGAGGAUUUGUACAAGAAGAGAGGGAGAAGCCGGAGACAGGGCAGUUGGGGUAGCAUCGAUCGGUGGUUGGAUGGACUGAGCGGCGAGGUACGGAGAGCUCGCCGGAAUAGCCACGAUUAUUCGUUUAGUGGGGAAAUUGGCAAGAGUGGUGGCAUUAGUAGUACUCCGAGUAUGAGAGGAACUGUUUGUUAUAUUGCCCCUGAGUAUGGUGUGGGUGAAAAUAUCUCUGAAAAGUGUGAUGUAUAUAGCUAUGGUGUCUUAUUGCUGGUUCUGAUCUCCGGGCGCCGCCCGCUUCAGGUGUUGAAUACGCCCAUUUCGGACUUCCAACGCGCCAAUCUCUUGUCUUGGGCACGUCAGCUUGCCCGUGCCGGCAAGCUUCUUGAUCUGGUUGACAAGUCUAUUCAGUGUUUGGAUCGCGAGCAGGCUCUCCUCUGCAUCACGGUUGCGUUGCUAUGCUUGCAGAAGAGGCCUGCUCUCCGGCCUUCCAUGAAAGAGGUUGUGGGGAUGCUUGCUGGCCACAUAGAACCGCCCCAACUUCCAAUUGAAUUAUCCCCAUCAACUCCAUCACGCUUCCCUCACAAGUCACAUAAGACGACUCGGUAGAGAAUUCUGGAGCUAAGGGGAAGUGCUUUAACUGGUCAUCGUUUCGACUUCUACAAUGUGAAGGAGGUGAAUGAGUUUGGUUUCUUCUACAUGUUCUCUAUCAACUUUUUGUUACUAGCACACAUAGACACGAGUAAUGCUAUAAAUUCUUCUUGUGUCUCUCCAAAGAUGAUGUGGCUUUUAAAUCAUCAUUGGACUUAUAAUUGAUCAUGAUUGAAUUUUGAUUAAAUAGUAAUUUUAAAAGCCACCUCAUUUUUAGAAGGACACAAGAAAGACUUCGAAAAUUAUUCAACAUACACCUAAAUCACAUGGACACAAACAAAAAGCACCUCUUUUUCCUCCAAGAAUUUUUGCUAGUGUUUGUGGUGUUCAUGAACUAUAUCUAUUUCAUCUCGAUAGAUUCAGGUUGAGGACCGGAUGCUUACUGGGUGGCACCUCUUCUAAUUUACUGCUGCAUCUGGAAUUAAUACUAUAGUUUCAUCUCUAACAUGAUGUGAAUACUGUUUCAGCAAGUAGGAAAGAUGAACAGGAUAUCUUAUCCAAAAAAAGAAAAAAGAAAAAGCAAAGGAUGAACAAGACUUAUGGAACUAUAAAAUCACCUUUCUGUUAUAGAUAAACAGCUCUGAAUCCUCUCAUAUAAAGGAAAGUUGAAAGAUUUGAAAGACCUAUGGAGCUAUGGAAGUGGUUUUUGCUGGUAAAUGGCUGUGGUCCAAGAGUAAUGAUUGUUUUGAGUUUAAAUAGCUAUUUGGGGGGCCUAUUUAUUGUGGACCUUUAAGAACAGGGAAGCAGAGAGAGGGAAUUGCUCUUUGAGGUUC